GCCCAGCCCCACUCUGCUCGGGGCUGUGUGCACAGCCGGGGAUUAUUCUUUUAAUCAGAGCCUGUAUGGGAAUUGCUUGCACAUAGAUUAUGGGAGCAGGGCACGGGCAGCCCCCAGGCGCUGGCUCGCAAGCAAUCUCAAUAUCUCAGCGGAGCAGGGAUUAACAGGAGUGCAGGGUGCGCGUGUGUGUGCACCCACCCCAAUCCUUGUCUCCCUUCCAGUCCUUUGGCCUUGGGUUGAGUUUUUUGGCUCAUGCUCUCACAUCUCCCCCUCUUCCUGCAGUUCUCACCCCACCACAGCAGGUGGCUUUGGGUGCCCACAGUGCCCCUCCAUCAAGGCCCAGGUGAUGGGUUAUCCCCACCAGGUCCCGGUGCACAGCACCCUUGGGUGCUGCACAAGAAGGUCUUCCCACCCCGGUGGCGGUGCCUUCCCCUCCUAAUGCCAUAAUCCAGCCCUGAUCCUGGGUCCCGCUGACCUUGCAGGCGCCGGACCCGGUGCUGGGCACGGUGGGGCACGGGCACCACAUCCACCCACCCAUGGCCGCCUUCUUCACGGCCGCCCUGAGGAACCUGCGGGGGGGUGAGGAGGAGCCCAAGGCACCCCCCAAGGACGGCAAGGCGGCCGCCCUGCCCCAAGGCAUGUCCCGCGAGGAGUUCGAGGAGUACCAGCGGCAGCUGCUGGAGGAGAAGAUUGAGCGGGACAAAGCCUUCGCACACAAGAAGGCAGAACGGGCGACUGUGCGCAUGCAUCUGCGGGACAAGUACCACCUGGCCCAGGUACGGACACACAGAGGUGCCCCGAGCCCCCCACCCUCAAUACCCCCGAGCUGGGUGGCGGCCAUCCUCCUCCUCCCUGGUCCCAAAGGAUGGGAGGCAAUUCCUGAAGAGGGCAGCAGAUGGCUGCUGUCUCCAUCCGUCCCAUCCGCCCACGCACGCGUCUGUCCAGCAGUCCCAGUGUGGGGCUGGGCAGCUGCUGGGACCCCAGGCAGACCCAUUCCCAGGGCCCGCUCCUCCCGCUCCCUCCCCAGGAUGGUGGGGGUCCAUCUGCAGCCCCAGUGCCACCUCCCACCCACACAGGACGAGCGGGACGAUGCCCAGCUGCACGUGGCUGGCGGCGCGGUGGAGCUGCCGCAGGAGCUGGCUGCCAUGGUGCGCGGUGAGGAGGAGGAGGAGGAGGAAGAAGAGCAGGGUGCUUUCGCCUUCCUGACCAAGCUGCGGGACAUGGAUCUGCCGGCGCUGCGGGGCCGUGCGCUAGGCACUGUGGACGAAGUGAAGGAGAAGUGCUCCCUGAUGUAGUGCUGGUGGGUGGCACCAGCAGGGUCAGACCCCUGGGAAUGGGUGGGAUGUGGGCGUUGUGGGUGCAGUACGCCAGGGUGGGGGGCCCCGUGCCCAUGCUGGGGGUGGGUUUUCCUCCCCUAAACCAUUCCCUGCGGCUUCUGGGGGCUCUGGACAGAGAUGCCAGGGUCCUUUCCACACAAUCCCAUGCCCGUGGCGUCCUCUGGUGCCACCCCCAGCCCAGGGCAGGCAGUGGUCCCCAGCACUCCCACCCCCAGCCCUGGGAUCUCCUGAGCUGUUUGGAUCAAUAAAAGUGGCAUUUUGUGCGAUCAGUCUGCUGUUCAUGCUGCUGCAUGAUGCCAUACCACACGGCGCUGCCUGCACCAUCCCCAUCCCAUGCAGUGCCAAUAACCCCGUGCUGCCCUGGAGCUGGGACGCACUGUAGGCUGUCCCCAUCCCACACGUAGCCCCAUGCUCUGUACCCUUGGUCUCACAACCCCAACCCACAGCUGCACCCCAGGGACAGGCAGUGCACGGUGUCCCCACCUGGGGGUCCCCGCUGCCCACCCCACCCCGCUGCAGGCUCAGCAGCACCGUGGGCUUAAACGCCACCGCACGGGCGCCUGCCGGAAGGCUGCAGGCUGCUGAGAUCACUAAUACCUGCCUAUUUUAGGGAGGUCUAAUCUGCCUGAAUCGCCUGUCCCCAAGGACUAAGCUCACUGAACCCGCGUAAAAUGUACCACCAGCGCUGGCCCUGAACGCCACCGCCCCGGCGGAGCCGGCCCGGGAGUCACGCUGUGUUCGUGUGAAAGGAGGGACGCGCUGAGCCGCCCCCGGGCUCCCCACACCAGGGCCAUCUGUUCCGGAAAGGCCUGCAGGGCCUGUGGGGCCUGUGGCUUCUGUGGGGCCCGUUGCGCCUGCAGGGCCUGUGGGGCUUGUGGCUUCUGCAGGGCCUGUGAGUUCUCUGGG